AUGUCCAUCAAACUCACCACCCUCAAACCCGAGAAUUACGCCUCAUGGGCGAGUCUCUGGAAAGCAUUCAUUACGCACUGCGAGGCAGAUCUACCUCAAUUGCAAUACGAAGACACAUUCAAGCGCAUCGUGGAGCCAGAGGGCAACCUGCAAGCCCAUGUACUCGUGAACGAAACGGGCGCCGUUGUCGGACUGGCACAUUAUUUCUUCCACCAAAGCGUGUGGCAUCCACAUCAUGUUUGUUAUUUGAAUCUAUUCGUCGACUCUUCUCUCCGCGGGAAAGGUUGCGGCAAGACCCUCAUUGAGGCCACGAGGAAGUCGGCGGAAGAGAAAGGCUGCAGGAGGCUUUACUGGGCGACGCACCAUACAAACACGUCUGCACGCCGGAUGUACGACACAGUCGCUAAUGCAAGUAGUGAUAUGGUCGAGUAUCGUAUGCCGCUGAAUACAGACAAGCCUCAUUAG